AUGGAGCGUAGCCGUGGUAUUCCAGAUGAGGAGAUGUUCCUUAAUAAGCCCGCCCCUGAAGAUUGCGACAGCCCGACCAUUGAACCUCUGCGCAUAUUCAAGCCUCAGAGCCCUCAGCCUGCCAAGGACGGUAGAUCGUCCGCCUUCAGAUACCCGGCGCCUCCGUCGUCCACCUCUCCUGUUUCUAAACACUCAUUUCCUUUACCUCCUGGCGCUUCCAGCUCUGCGGCACCACUUCCAUUUCCUGACGACGACGACGUUCGCAAACCUACUCCCGCGAAGCCGUUCGGCUCUGCCUACAACGACACUAGUCCUCGAUUAGAUACCAGCCCUCAUGGGAAGAAGCCCGGUCUCGCGGAACGAAGAGGAGCUGCUCCGAAGCCCAUCAGCUCUCCUACAAGCCCUGACGCCGAUCACGAUCUUUUCCAACGCCCCUUGGCUGAUAACCAGCGCCCAGACUCCUCCAACGCAAAUUAUCAGAACUAUCAAAAGACAUAUUAUCCUCCGCCAGGUGCGGCACACAGCUCUUCCAACAAUGUGCCCACAAAUUUGGCCUCUGCCCAGCAACUUAAGAUGAAUGAUCAGGGCGUAAAUCGCUUCGCUUCGACCGCUUCGACAUCGACUACCCGUGCUAGUCGUGGCUCCCCUCCUCCUCCCGAGACCCCGAUCGUGGAGCCCGGACAGGCGCCGGCUGAUGCUAUCGAGGCCCGAUAUGCUGCUGCCGGUAUCUCCGGCACAGCUACACUUAACAGCCUUGGCGCACCCAGCGCCGCCGCGUCACAAAGACUCGCACAAUAUGGGAACCAACCUCCUCCGCAACGGCCUUGGACACCGACUGAAACUCCCGACCAGGCACCAUCUGGCCCUCCCACAGUAUACCAGGGUAUGAAUGCCAUCUCAAGCCCGGCGCAGUCACACCAAUCGUUCAGCCCUCCUCCCCAGCCCGAACAACAGCAACAACAGAAGCCACAAGGACAAGGACAAGCGCAAGUUAGUGUGUUGGAGCAAGAUUUCCAGCGAAUCAACACCAAUUCUCCUCCUCCUGCCUACUCAAGUCUCAACCCUGGCGGUAACUCAUCCUACCCCAACGAGAAGCAACGCCCUCAGCAAGCUGGAUCAAGUUCGGCUUCAGCUCAACCACACCAGCAGCCAGCAGCGUCGACACCCCCUACAAAGACAACAGUGGUUGCCGCCCCCUCGACUGCAGCUAGCGGUCUUGCGUCACCUGCCUUACAACACCCAGGCCAUCCUGCAUUUGCCAAUGAUCCCCAUCCCGCGUUCGCCAACGAAUCUCGCCCUGAGCAGAAUGGGCAGAGCUCCCAGCAGCAAGUUGUUGCUCCUGCCCAGAGCUUUGAGCCUCAGAACCCGGCCUCGCCUCCGCCCUUGCCCGAAGGAUGGAUCGCUCACCUGGACCAGAAUUCAGGACAAUACUACUAUAUUCACUUAGCCACUCAGGCAACACAGUGGGAGUUUCCCAAAGGCCCAAACCCCAUAUCUCACGAACAAGCCCCUCUUUCGCCAACAGCUUCGACGUAUGGAAACCCUCUGGCUUCGCCCAAUAUGUUUGGCAAACAGGCCAUGGCCUCUCCCAUGUUCCCCCCGCAUACCCCUGGUUAUGCAGAGAGUAUCAUGAGCGUGGCAGCUUCUGCAACACCUACUGCUGCGGGUUUCACAGGGCCUCCACCAAGUGCUGGUGUGGAUAUGUACAGAAUCCAGCCUACAAAUGGUGUUUACUUCGGUCCUUAUCUGCGAUACGUAAACAUGGAUGUGGAGAAAGGUCUUUGGCUUGGUAGCAUCUUAAUUGUGACAGACGCUCCUCAACCACCCACCAUUCAUAUUCAUUUGAGCCAUGAUCUAGCACCUAACCCUCGUCAAGCCGAACCUCGGCCUAUUUUCACUCAUCAAAGAUGGAAGUUCUAUAAAUACGACCUAGAGCUACCUAUGUCUGAGGCUGGCACCGAACGCUGGACGUACGCAGUCACCUCGCAUCUUGGCUGUACCCGAUAUGAAUUUGUUGUGGCUGGACGUCAAGAGACCAGCUGGCGUUUCAUUGCGCACUCUGGCAACGACUUCGCAGCAGGAACCUCCCAGAAUGAACGGGCCAAGCUUGGCGGAGUUGGCUUCAUGUGGAAGGAUGUUCUCCAAAAGAAUGUCGAUUGCGGUGGCUUCCACGUUCAGUUGGGCUUGGGAGACCAGAUCUAUGGUGAUCGCCUGUGGAAGGAAGUCCCACUCCUUAAGCAAUGGCUUGCGAUGAGCGGACGAGACAACAAGAAGAACGUCCAGUGGACAGCCCGACAUGAGGAAGACGUUGCGCAUGCCUAUUUCCACUACUACACGAGUCAUUUCGAUCAGCCAUUCCUCCGUGAAGCAUUUGCUCAGAUUCCACACGUCCUGCAGAUUGAUGACCAUGACAUCUUUGAUGGUUAUGGUUCAUACCCAGACUAUAUGCAGUCUUCGCCUAUGUUUAAGAAUAUUGGCAGGAUCGCGACGGAAAUGUACCUCCUGUUCCAACAUCAUACUACUGUCGAGAUGCUGCGAAAUGUUAGCACUGAUCACGAUAUAUUCACCAUCACAGGCACUGGCUGGCAUUUCGUCAAGUACUUGGGCCCGGCUGUGGUGGCUGUAGGCCCUGACUGCCGAUCUGAACGAACCCAAGCCCAGGUAAUGGCAGGUCCAACGUAUCAGGGAAUCUUCCCCAAGGUUGCCACACUACCUCCCAGUGUACAGCAUUGCAUCUGGAUGGUCUCAGUACCACUCGUAUACCCCCGUCUGGAUACAGUUGAGAGUCUUGCUAAUACGAUGGCUGCUGGCAAGAAGGCUGUCAACACAACCUACAACAUCUUGGGCAAGGUGACAAGCUCAGUUGCAGGCGUGGUUGGAGGCAAAGACGUGGUGGCACAGGGAUUCUCACAAGUCAAGAAGGCGGUGGGCAAAACCGGUCUUAUGGGCAACGUCCUGAAUCAGUUUGGCGAACUUGAUAUUCAAGAAGUGCUCAAGGACAUGUGGACUCAUGACACCAAGGAUCUGGAGAGAACCUAUCUGAUUCGAACUCUUCAAGGCAUAGCGCAACAGAAGGGAAUCCGAAUGACAUUCCUAUCUGGAGACGUCAAUGCUUCAGGAGCCGGUCUAGUUCACGACCCAACACACCCUGGCGACCACAAGACCAUGUACCAGAUCAUCUCAUCGCCUAUUGUAGCGGCACCCCAGAGCAAUUAUGUUCUCAAGAUGCUACACAACCAGAAGACUCUAUACGUACCGCAAAACGGCAAAAAGUCGACACACGAGGUAUCUGACACAAAAGAGGACAUGAUGGAGAUCUUCCACUCCGACGCUAGUGGUGCUGCGCGAGAGCUUAAGAAGCUAAUGGGCCGACGUAACUACGUCGCAUUCGUUUCGUACGACCAAGACGCUGCUGCCGCAGUACCUCAAACGCCUUUCAGCCCCAACCCAAGCCUCAAUGGUUCACAGCAGGGCCUGUCCAAGGUCAGUUUGGCUGUUGAUUUUGUGGUACAAGGCGACGGUGCCUUCACAGCACCAACCAAAUACGGCCCUGUCAUCAUCCCUCAUUUGGAAUAUGGCCGAUGA